AUGAGAUUUACCCUCGGCCCCAUUCCCUUUCGCUCGCGGGAUCAAUUGUUCCUGAUGAGCCUAGUGACAAAAAGGGCCAUCCCCACAAUCAACAGCUUUGUGCAUGGGGGUGGCUUUGGUCGAGCUGCUGUGGAUACCGCACAGAACGAGGUUACGCAGCUCCGUAUUCCUUUCGGGAUAUCCAACUGGACUCGCCCGAAAGACGGCGGCGGCAACGACUGCGGCCGUCCUACUUCGCUUGAGACGAGAAAGUCCACCGGCGUCGAUUGA